UCUGACGUCACAUUAUAAUAUCAGCUCAAUUUUGAUUAGAAUUUCUUCAAUAAUUUAAAGUUGAAGUAUCCAUAAUGUACCUAAAAAUUUGGGUUUUACUGAUUUUCACUAUUUCGAGUAGUGCCAGUUCGUCUAUUGAGGAACAAUGGGAAAAAUUUAAGGCAGACUUCAAUAAAAAAUAUGAAGAUGAUUUAGCAAAUAGUACUUUUGCAGUUUUCAAAAAGAAUUUGCAGGAAAUAGAAGACCAUAACAAAUUGUAUGAAAAAGGACUUGUUACGUACAAAAAAGGUGUGACAAAGUUUGCUGAUUUAACAGCAGAAGAAUUCAUAAAAAUUUACAAACUUCAUCAAGGAGAAUUGAGUCAAUAUGAAAAUCCAUUUAAAAUUCCUUCAAAUUCUACCGAAUAUCUUAACUGGAAAGAGAAAGGGGCAGUAUCUAAAGUUAAAGAUCAAGGGAUAUGUGGAGCUUGUUGGAUUUUUAGUGCAGUAGGUGUUGUAGAAGGCAACUACUUCAGAAAAAAUAACAAAACGAUAACAUUGAGUGAACAAAAUCUAAUAGACUGUCUACCUCAGGAAACAUGUCAAGGAGGAUAUCCUCCGAUGGUAUUAGAAUAUCUACGGAAUGAAAAUAAUGGAAUCAAUACCGCCGAGGAUUAUCCGCAUAAGGGUAUGAAGGGUGCUUGUAGAUAUGAAAAAUCAAAGAAAGUUAAAUUGGAUCUUCACAAUUUUACGGCAACGGUUUGUAAUGAAGAAGAAUUGAAAGAAAAUCUCGAAAAAUACGGACCAAUGACAAUUGCUAUUUCUGCCAACGGGAAUUGGAGAUUGUACGAAAGUGGAGUAUGGUUUGAAAAAUCUUGUUCAAGCUGGCCCAACCAUGCGGUACUACUUGUUGGAUAUGGUACAGACAACGGACGAGACUACUGGUUAAUUAAAAACUCGUACGGAAAAGAAUGGGGUUUAAAUGGUUACAUCAAAAUAGCACGAAAUGUAAACGAUAAUUAUUGUGGGAUAGAAAUGUUUACAAUGUAUAUAGAGUAGGAUUGUUACCUAUCAAAAUUAAAGUUGAAUGAAUGUUGAAUGAAAAUGAUGAAUGUAAAAAAUUUUUACAUUCGUGUUCACAAAUAUUUUCAAAAAGUUACUUACGUGUAAAUCCUUAAAGUUAGAGACUUCAACGUUAUUUUAUCGAACAAAUAGAAUUGAGCGGUGGUGUCGUUUUUAAAUAACACUUUACUGUGAUUAAUAAAAUUCAAAUAAAUGAGGUACAAAUUAAAUAUUCGUUAGUAUUUUUCUGAAAAACAUUUAUGAAAUUGAUAGACAGAAUGGCAAUUUACCUGGAUUAAAAAAUAAUUAAAUACGUUAAAUAUCUAUUCGAUAUUUAUUAUAAAAACGUUUUUAUUUUUAAGGAUUUACAUUUAGGUACAUUUUUUUAAUAAACAAAUAAUUAAAUGAGUCAUAAAAAUCAAAUAUUACAAACACAUAAAUAUACCAUGCAUGUUGGAUUGGUGUUUCUCUCGACAAUUAUUGUAUCAUUUCAUUAUCUGUUUACUAGACUAGAGUUAACCCAUUAAAGCCGGAGUUUCUGAAUUUUUUAAAUUUAACUUUUUGUUGCAAUAUUAUUUGUCUAAAUGAUCUACCUAAUAA